AUGCUUAAACCCAUCUUUCGGAGCACAACUUUACCACCACUCUUCUUUGGCUUUCGUUUUGGCAGUACUUACAGCGACACGAUAAACCACCCCGUCUUUCCAUUCGCAAUACACUCAUCCCCAUCUACACAAUCCGAUGUCACUUCUAGGUGGUGUGCCUUCUUUAGUCGUCUGACUACCGACACCACUCGCCCGAGAUUUGUGCUCCAUGAUGGUCCUCCUUACGCCAACGGGCAACUGCACAUCGGACAUGCACUGAACAAAUUUUUUAAAGAUGUCAUUAUUCGUCAGAGAAUUCUUUCCGGGUACAGCGUGAGUUUCGUCCCCGGCUGGGACUGCCACGGGCUGCCGAUCGAACUUAAAGCCAAGGAGCAUGAACACUGUUCACCUCACCAAACUAGAGAAUCAGCUUCGGCAGUAGCCAGAAAGUACAUUGCUAUACAGAGGUCAUCUUUCAUAAGCUGGGGCAUUUUGAGUGACUGGAAUAACUACUAUACCACGAUGGAUCACCAGUUCGAACGGACUGAGCUCGAUGCAUUUGCCGCUUUGUAUUACAAGGGUCUUGUGUAUCGUGAUCUACUUCCAGUUCAUUGGUCGUACCGGGCAAGAACAGCUGUGGCUGAAUCUGAGCUGGAGUACAAUGCUGAUCAUGUCAGCCCGUCUGUUUAUUUCGUGGUACGCAUGCAUAAGUUACCAAACCGAUUUUUCCGGAAGAUACAAACUCUCGCUAAUGUUUACAGCGCAGUAUGGACAACGACUCCUUGGACUAUCCCAUCAAACGAAGCUGUGCUUUUCGACAGUGAUGCUGUAUAUGUGUUGCUCAAAACUUCAUCUACGGGUGACUUUUACAUCGCUGCGAAGGCGUUCACGGAACAACUCGCUUCCAUGUUGCCUACACAGCUUGUUCUGUUGGACGAGUUUUUAGGCAUCGAACUGAAUGGGAGCACCUAUAUCCAUCCUAUUCGGCCUUUUACACUUGGUGAUUUUUCUCCGAAGCCAUUUCUGCCUAGCACAUCUCAACCGUUUUACCCCAUGAUAAUUACUGAAGGUUGGCUCAGCGGUGACCUAAAUGGCGUUACGAACGCUUCACCCUUCAUGUCAUUCCUCCGUAGCCCCACAGAGAAGGAAGAGAUGCGUUUUAGUGCUAAACAUGGCUAA